AUGGGACAGAUGGGGCAGAUGGGACAGAUGGGGCAGAAGCAGAAGAAGGAGAAGAAGCAGAAGAAACAGAAGCGUGUCCAGAACGAGGAGGACGAAGAACAGCCGUGCAGAAGUGAUCCGUAUAGGUGCGACCCCCGCAGAGGUAAGCCCCACCCGCGCGAGACCAAGCCUGAUCGGUGCAACGCCCCAGGUAGGCAGGAACGCAAAGUGAAGCGAAUAGAAGGGGUGGGCAUAGGGAAGAGAAGAUGUAGCCCCCAAAACACGCAUCUGAGACGGGUACAUGGAGAGCAUGAAAACAGUCUAACAAAAUUCAUGCAAAGGAAUGGGAGUCUCCGUUUGAUGCACUACCUGGAUGAUUUGAAAAGGAUCUACUUCUGUACAGAACGCGCAGCCGACACGUACAGAAUGAUGAUCAGCGACAUGGACGCUAAUAUGGGGGCUGCCCGGAGGAAAGACGAAGUGAGGGGCUUCGCGGAGAAGCAAUACCUGGUGAGCUCCACCAUUGAACUAUUUUACAACCUGGGCAAGGAGGUUAUGCACUUUACCCACCUGAUGAAACCCAGAAGGCACGAAAUAGCCAUGAGAAAAAAACUCGUAAAAAAUGUCGAAAUUUUCUUAAAAGGAAUAUACCCACAAGUAUAUGUCCUCAUUUUUGGAUCAUGUAAUACAGAUCUUGAUCUAUACAACUCAGACAUAGAUAUUUGCAUCUACAACAGUAUCGAAAAUGACAAAACAAAUAUCAAAAAAUUAUCAAAUGAAAUGAAAAGAAAUCAGCUUUUUCAAAAUGCAGAUAUUAAAACAAUCAUACAUGCCAAAGUACCAAUAAUUAAAUGCUUUUUUACAAAAAUGCAAAUAUCAAUAGAUUUUUCUUUUAACCAAAUUAGUGCUAUCGUCAGUACUGUACAGACACAAAAAGCUUUAAAAGAAAAGUCUCUCCUAAAAUAUGUCGUGAUUUUUUUCAAAAUUUUUUUAUCAGAAUAUGACUUAAAUGAUGCAUAUCAAGGAGGCAUUAGUUCUUUUAAACUUUUUCUUAUCAUUAUGAAAUUUGUGAAAGAACAAUGCUUCGUUUUUUCUGGAAAAAAUAUUUACCUCUACAUUGGAGAAGUGGUUCAUAAAUUCGUUUCAUAUUUGUCCUUGUUUAGGGAUAAGUCCGAGGAGAGCAUGGCUUCUUUCUUCUCCGCCAUAUGUAGCUGCGCCCUUCCCGCAGGACCGGCCAGUCGAGUUGCGCAGCCUGCUGGUCAAGGUGCUUACCCUUUUGGUCAAGCCGCUCACCUUGAUGGCCACGCCGCUUACCUUGAUGGCCACGCCGCCAAUCGAAGUGGUCGGGAGGCUACCCCCCUGCGGGCGACCCCCGAACUUGUGAAUCGAAAAAGUAUGAGAGUUAUUAAGAAGCUCUUUAGUAACAUAUUUUGUAAAUUAGGAGUGACGAACCGAAGUCUAAAAGAGAAGAAUGCAGAUCUCUCAUUUGAAAAAUUAUUUCAAGUCAGGCAAUGCAUGAAGGAGGCCCUGUACUCCCUAUCAGAUGUGCUCAUAUACCUUGUGAGGAAAAAAAAUAAAAAUAUUUCUCCAAAGUACGAUACUGCCAUCUUUGAGGAUGCUCUCUCCAUCGUGGCCUUCUUUCACUUCCUGCGAGAGGAACGACUUAACCGAUUUCUGCGCCACUGCUAUGGGUUUUUCCACCAAAGGGUGUUGUGCCUCUCGGGUAAGCCGGCACACGCCCAGGUGCCCCCAAGUGAUGAUGUCCUCAUCGAGAUUUGUGAAGAGCCAAAUGGGGAGGUCACACAGGAGAAGUACCUCACUCCCGAAAGUACACUCGCCGAGGUGAACACACAGAACGACCAUUUGGGAGACCCCCACGCGGGCAAACUGGAUCACAGCACCCAUUCGAAUAGCCCUCCCCAUUGCCUCUGCCACAGUACAGGUAGUGCACCGGGCGAAAAAAACGAUUGUGCGCCCGGCGAAAAAUCCGAUAGCGCACUUGGCAACCCAGUCAACCGCGCAAAGGGAAUACCCCCCCUCAUGAGCUACUUCCAAUACGACACCUUCGACGAGGUCCAAGCAAACGUCAACCGCCUCUACCUGUCCAUGGGACACAAAACAAAUGAUCAGAAUCGGCUCGUAAAGAAAGUUUGCUCCAAGUUGGUAAUUCUAAAUUCCAUAUUGGACUUAAAUAAAGUUUUGUCCAAUAGAUUUCAUUACCAUCAAAUAUUUUUGCCUCCCCCAGAGGAGAGGAAGCGUAACGGAUCAACCGCUUGGCCGGAGGUGGGUGUCCCGCAGGAUGAAGACGAGUUGGCUGCUCUCAAAAUGCAGAUGCUGGCCAACUUGGUCAGGUUUAAAAACUACGACCCCAGUGCGGUCAUGGGUCUGGAAAUCAAGAGCGAGUUUUUUGUGAACAGCGCAGAGACGGUGUUCAACGGAGGCGUGGCGCAGAGAGUACAACCCCUUCUUCGAAAGGGCAGUUGA